AUGAAGCGCAAGGUGAUGGGAAAUCUGGAAUUUCUGAUGAGGCAGGCCGACAAUAAGACCAAAUCGGAUGCGGACAUCGAUCGCAUCGAAGAAGCGGUCGAUUUGCUCGUUUCUAACCUGCUCGAUUUGCAACCUGAUGCUUCUGUGACCUCGAAGCUCCAUCUGCUCGCUGCUCAUCUCGUUCACUACCUCCGCGAGAAUAGGAGUUGGGGGAGAAUGACAGAGCAAGAACUGGAGUCCUUGCAUGCCGUCAUCAACAGCUUCACGAGUCGUUUCGCUUCCGUCCGGGACGUCCAUUUCGUCCUCAUUCUCCAGCAGCUUUCGAAUUACAAUCUUCUACACGAUACAGGCAUUUCCUGGCAUCAAUCUUACUGA